CGCCGAGUCCGCGGGAGAUCGGAUCAGAGCGGUUGCGUGUUCGCUGCUGCUGCUGCUGCUCUCUUCCCCCCCAAGCUUGAAGAUGGCGGUGUCGGUGUUCCCCGGCGUGCGGCUCCUCUCCAUUGGGGACGCGAACGGAGAUAUCCAGCGGCACUCGGAGCAGCAGCCUCUGCGCCUGGAGGUGAAAACUACGCAGGACGCGGCCCUGAUCAACCUCUCCAACAAUGAAGAAGCGAGUGUGUUUAAGUGUUCUGUGUCGCGGGAGACGGAGUGCAGCCGUGUGGGAAAACAGUCCUUCAUCAUCACACUCGGCUGUAACAGCGUGCUCCUGCAGUUCUCCUCCCCCACAGAUUUCUCCUCCUUCUACAACCUCCUGAAGAACUGCCGCGGGCACGUCAACGAAAACUCAGUCUUCAGCGAUAGAACAGAGGAGUCAUCAGCUGUUCAGUAUUUUCAGUUUUAUGGCUACCUCUCUCAGCAGCAGAACAUGAUGCAGGAUUACGUUCGAACUGGAACUUAUCAACGGGCCAUCCUACAGAACCACACUGACUUCAAGGACAAGGUGGUGCUGGAUGUGGGCUGUGGCUCAGGCAUUCUCUCAUUUUUUGCAGCUCAGGCUGGUGCACGUAAAGUUUAUGCUGUGGAGGCCAGCACCAUGGCUCAACAUGCAGAGGUGCUGGUGAACAGUAACCGGCUGACGGACCGUGUUGUAGUAAUCCCAGGGAAAGUGGAGGAGGUGACCUUGCCCGAGCAGGUGGACAUCAUCAUCUCUGAGCCGAUGGGCUACAUGCUGUUUAAUGAGAGGAUGCUGGAGAGCUACCUGCACGCCAAGAAGUUCCUCAAACCUAAUGGUAAAAUGUUUCCCACCAUUGGCGAUGUCCAUCUUGCACCCUUUACAGAUGAGCAGCUCUAUAUGGAGCAGUUCACCAAGGCCAACUUCUGGUAUCAGCCAUCUUUUCAUGGGGUGGAUUUGUCGGCGUUGAGGGGGGCUGCUGUAGAUGAAUAUUUCAGGCAGCCUAUUGUGGACACGUUUGAUAUCCGAAUUUUGAUGGCCAAAUCUGUGAAAUACACCGUCAACUUUUUAGAAGCUAAAGAGGAAGACCUUUAUAAGAUAGAGAUUCCAUUCAAGUUUCACAUGAUGCACUCUGGGCUGGUGCAUGGCCUGGCCUUCUGGUUUGAUGUGGCGUUUAUGGGAUCUGUGAUGACGGUGUGGCUUUCCACAGCCCCUACGGAGCCCCUCACUCAUUGGUAUCAGGUUCGCUGCCUACUACAGUCGCCGCUGUUCGCUAAAGCUGGAGACACGAUGUCGGGCACAGCUAUCCUCAUUGCUAAUAAGAGGCAAAGCUACGACAUUAGCAUUGUUGCUCAAGUGGAUCAGACGGGCUCAAAGUCCAGCAACCUUCUGGACCUGAAGAACCCAUUUUUCAGGUACACAGGCACGACCCCUAACCCCCCACCAGGCUCGCACUACACCUCCCCCUCUGAGAAUAUGUGGAACUCUGGGGGGGCCUAUAGCAUGAGCCAAGGCAUGGCUGUGUCAGGGAUGCCAGCAGCUUAUGACCUCAGCACUGUCAUUGGUGGCAGUGGGGCGGCGGUGUCUCACAACAACCUCAUCCCCCUUGGUACAGACACGCAUGCACUGAACACGGGGAUUGUGAACCAUACUCACUCCAGAAUGGGCUCGAUCAUGAGCACAGGAAUUGUCCAGGGAGCUACAACUGGUCAGCAAGGUUCCAGCAGCAGCACUCACUACCCAGUCACCAACCAGUUCACCAUGGGCGGCCCUGCCAUCUCCAUGGCCUCCCCCAUGGCCAUCCCCAGCAACACCAUGCACUAUGGGAGUUAAGCCCCUCCACUCUAGGGCCCCCUGCAUGUCCAGCCUCCUAAACUAACCACAGCCAAAAUCAGAUAAAACCAAAUCCAGUGCUGCAGUCUCUGGCCAUCACCUCUCUCUCUCUCGUCUUGAUAUGUAUAGUAUAUAUUCGUAUAUAUUCUCUCUCUCUUCCUCUCUCUUUUAUUCUCACAUAUCCGUCCCCCACAUCAUGUGACGCCAGCAUCCGUUCGUUCACUCUCUCACUCACUCAGAGGUGCACCGCUGUCAGCUGCCGAAACAGUUCCAGGACCAGCCACCAGGGGGCGGCACUUGGUUGUCGUUGGACUGAAAGAGCACAAACUGACACAAGCUUUCAAAUCCGGUGGACAAAGACUUAAGUUGGACGGAAUGCUGACCACAGGACAGUUUUAACAAUGUUAAUGAUGACGAUUGAUUUGAUGCUUUUCAGACAUAAAUUCACACUAGGUGUUUGCGUACAUCAGCAGUGGACCGUUGAUGCUGACCUGAGAUUUGUGGCAGGAAUGUCCACUGUCUCUCUUUCUCUCUCUCUCUAUCUCUCUUUCUCUGUUCUCUCUCUCUCACUCUCUCGUCUUUUUCUGUUCUCUCGCGCUCUCUCUCUCUCUCUCUCUCUCUCUCGCUCUUUUUCUCUCUGUCUCUCAUUUUACUCAAUCAUGUUGGACUGUGCACACGUUUUACCCACUUUCAGCAUGAAAUCUGCUCCCAGGCACCUUGACCUGUCCCUGCCCGGAGGGGAUAAACUAUGAAAACUUCUGGCCUCAAGUAACGUGGUCAGCCACACACAUGUACAGCUCAACAGUUUCGUGCUGUAGACACCCAGCAAGGACAUGGCACCUUUUUUGACCGUCGAGACCCUGCCUGUAGAGCAAUCUUGUGUAGGUAGAUCUGUCCAUGUUUUGUAGUUCAUUCCAUUUGCAAGUGCGCUCGUCAUCCAGUCCAUUCUUAAUGUAGUUCAGUCCCAUACAUGUGUGGCUUGGUGUAUUCCCACCCCUCCCUCUUUUGGAGGUUUCGGCCGUUCCGGAGGACAGCGGAUGGAGACGAAAGCUUCAGAUGGCCGGCCCACGUCAGAGGGAAGGAAGAAUUAGCAUGUUAGUGCAUUAGCAUAGGUAGACGAAUGGAAGAGCCAGAUGGGAUUCAUUCAGUGGACACGGCAAGUCCAUCGGCCUCUGCAGCAGGACACUUGUUUGUUUGUAUUUGUAUCCUAGUUUACAACCCUCUCAUACCCUGCCCCUAAAAAAAAGAAACCUUGUCGACCUCUGUGUAUUGUGAGACUUUUGUCUAGCUACCUGGAGGAUUGAGUAACUAGCUUUGACCCCUUUCCGUUCCUGCCUCCCUGUGAUGGGGGACUCGCUAGUCCAGACAAAGACUCUGAAAGUGUAUGCAUCGCUUUCAUUCAAACAUCUUCAGUUUUGAGUUUUUUGAUUUAGAAAUCUUCAUUGAGGAAAAGAAAGCCUGCUAGUUUGUAGAAUUAUUUUUUUUGUUUUUGUUUUUUUUGUUGAUUUUGUUUUUCCUUUCACAAAAAAGCAACAGACACAAAAAAGAAAAAAAAAAGAAAGUGCAAAUUAAAAAUGUUGGUGGAGACGUCCCUAUAAAGUCUGGCUUCUUCUGACAGUAGUUGUGUAUGGCACCUCCCAGUCCAGAGGUUCAUACCAGACUGACUUACCAAGUAAGCCGAAAAACAAUGCAUUUGCUUAUGUUUACAUUUUGACUUUUUGUUUAACCAGUGGGCAGUUUCACACAUAUGGAUUAAAGUGUAACUGCACCCUUA